CACCGAGGACCAUCCCUGGAGAUGUUAACGUUUAUAAAGGAUAAAACAAUAGAAGGGGAGCAGCUUAGACAUGAAGGUUGGUGCUAGGAAGCUGGUGGCAUGUUUGUUGUUCAUGGUGGCUAUGGGAAGCAUGGUGGAGCAUGGAAUGGCCCAGAGAUGUGGUAGCACAUUCUUCUCAGUUCUUGUUAAGCUGAUACCUUGUAGGCCUGCUGUUGCCCCAUACAGCUCCAUUCCACCUAGUGAGGCCUGCUGCAAUUCUGUCAAGAUGCUUGGACAGUCAUGCCUGUGUGGUCUUGUAAACGGACCAUCAAUAACGGGUGUCGACCGCAACAUGGCCAUGCAGCUCCCAGAAAAAUGCAUUGCCAACUUUGAACCAUGCGAUCUUCGGGUGUAGCGGAUGGGUGCCAACUCUGUUUCUUAAUAAAGUGCAUAGAGAGCUAUAGGAGAUGUUUUCUAUGUACCAUGGUACUAAGGCAGCUAAUAAUAAGAGUGUAUAUUUGGGUGCUUCUCAAAUAUAUGACAGCUUGUUUCUCUUCCC